AUGCGCCGGGUAAACUCCUUAAGGAUCGGCGUCCACCUCGCCGACGCGGUCGUAUGGGGACCAGUGUAUAGAACGCACCUCAUCCGCGUUCUCCGCCGCCGCCUCCUCCUCCUCCUGCUCGGUGAGCGCCGCGACCGCUUUCGCCGCGCGCGCGCUCGCGUCCUCCGCCGCCGCCGCCGCCGCCGCGCCGAUCGCGUCGCGCGCCGCCGCCAUCGCCGCCCUCUCGACCGCGUGCUCGAACGCGGGCGUCCACGCGUCUUCGAUCUUCGCCCCCGCGGGCGCGGCGUUUGCGGCGGCGGCGGCGGCGGCGACGAGCGCGUCGUUCGCUCUCUCGACCGCGGGCGUCGCGGCGAACGCGCUCGCAGCGUCCGCGGCCGCGAGCGCGCUCGCGUCCACGGCGAAGUCCACGACGCGAUGGAGGUCCGGUCGGCGCGAGAGGAACGCGCGUUGAAGCGCGCGUUUCGUGAUGGUCUUCGCGGAGGACGUCGACGCCGUCGCGAGCGUCGUCGGCGUCGGCGGCGUCGGCGUCGGCGUCGCGCGCGGCGGCGCCCUCGGCGGCAGCCCGGAAGAAGACGACGACGACGGGGCGUCGAACGGCGUGGCGGUGGACGACGGCGGCGCGGCGGGAGAUGGCGACGCGCCCGCGCCGCCGCCGUUCGCGACGGCGACGAUCGUUCGAACCGCGACGACGCGUCGCGGCCCCCCCGCCGCCGCCGCGCCGCCGCCGCCGCCGCCGCCGCCCGUCGACCCCGCGGGCGAAGACGCCGCCGGGGACGCCGCCGUCGCCGUCGCCGUCGCCGUCGCGCGGACGCGGCUCUUCUCGAUCGAUCGCGCGAGCUCGCCCGCGGCGGCGUCCAGCGCGGGGCACGCGAACUCGACGUACCGCGCGUCGACGCCGCCGGCGUCAAAGUCGGGGGGGAGAUCGCCGUCGUCGUUCGCGUUCGCGUUCGAGCUCGAGCUCGAGCUCGAGAUCGCCGCGGCGGCGACGCGUGCCAGCGCGCCCCACCGCGCGAGCGGGUCGUCCUCCUCGUCGUCGUCGCCGUCGUCGUCGCCGCCGCGCGCCGCGCCGGACGCGCCGAGGUCCCCUCGCGACGGCGGGAGGCGCACACGCCGCGCAACCGGCGCCGCCGGCCCGCAAGCCUCCGCGUCGCCGCCGCGCGCCGCCGCCGCCGCCGCGAACGCGACGCACGCUGCGGGCGUCGUCGGCGAGACGGCGAUCAGCCCGGACGCGAGCGUCGCGCGCAGCGUCACCUGCGGCAGCGCGAAACGCGUUCGCCGCGUGCUUCGUCUUUGAAACGCCUCACGUUUGACCGUUUCUUCUCUCUCGCCGUCCGGACGCAACCGCGGCGACGCCAGCGUCCGACGCAACAACGCGAGCGGCUCCAGAUGACACCGCGCGCACGCCGCCUCCGCGUCCCACGGAAGGAACCGAUAGAAGAACAGCACCCACGGCGCGGUCACGAGCAGCGACCCGCGCUCGAUCGCGCGUCGCACGGACGCCGCCGCGUCGAUCCCCGGCGGCGGCGACAUCGCGCGCGCGGCGACGCCGACGCCUGCGGGCCGUUCCAUACGAGCGAAUGUCGGGGUGGAGUUGAAAGGCGUCAGGUGGAGUUGAAAGGCGCCGAGGGCGGGGAUUGA